AUGUUCAAUCCCGGGACUGUAGUUGAAUGGUGUAUUGUUAGGCCCGAUAAUGAGGAUCAUGUAGAAUUCAAACGUGUUUUCUGGGCUUUUUCUCCUUCUAUAAUAGGAUUUGAACAUUGUCGACCUGUGAUUAGUAUUGAUGCCACUCACUUGUAUGGUAAGUAUAAGGGUAAAAUGAUGAUUGCAAUGGGAGUAGAUGGUAACAAUCAAAUAUUGCCUCUUGCAUUUGCUAUUGUGGAAAGUGAAUCUUACAACAGUUGGAAAUGGUUUCUUUCUCAUGUUAAAAAACAUGUGAUGAAAGAUCGAGAAGGCAUUUGUUUGAUAUCCGAUCGUCAUAUUGGAAUCCUAAAGGUAGUAACUGAGCAAGGAUCUCCCUGGUCAGAACCACGUGGCUUUCAUAGGUAUUGCUUACGACAUUUCAUCCAAAACUUUCAAGAUAAGUUUCGUAACCCACAACUGAAAGCUUUAGCAUACCGUGCUGGGAGUCAAAAUCAAGUUCGUAAGUUUAACUCCAUAAUGGAAGAAAUUGGAAGACUAAAUCCAGAUGCUCGUCAAUGGCUUGAGAGACAUUCACUUGAGAGAUGGAUACUUGCACAUGAUGGCGGAAAGCGAUACGACUUGCUCACUACAAACUUAUCAGAAAUAUUUAAUAGUGUCCUCAAAGGUGCUCGUUUUUUACCGAUCACAGCAUGUGUUCAACUUACAUUUUAUAGACUGGUACAUUUUUUUAAUGCGAUGCUCAAGCUAACGGAGAUGCAUAUACUCCCCAUGUUGUUGCAAAACAAGUUGCUUUAA